CCGCCGAGGCGCCUCCCCCGUCAGGUCGGCGUCGCGCCGCGACCCUGGAAGCGGAGCCGCGGGCGGGAGGAGGAGCCCCAGCGGCGGCGGGCGGCAGCGGGCGGGAGCCAGGCCGGCAACAUGGCGAGCGCCUCGUACCACAUCUCCAAUCUGCUGGAGAAGAUGACGUCCAGCGACAAGGACUUCAGGUUUAUGGCUACAAAUGAUUUGAUGACAGAACUGCAGAAAGAUUCCAUCAAGUUGGAUGAUGAUAGUGAAAGGAAAGUAGUGAAGAUGAUUUUGAAGUUACUGGAAGAUAAAAAUGGAGAGGUACAGAAUUUAGCUGUCAAAUGUCUUGGCCCUUUAGUGAGUAAAGUGAAAGAAUAUCAAGUAGAAACAAUUGUAGAUACCCUCUGCACUAACAUGCUUUCUGAUAAAGAACAACUUCGAGAUAUUUCAAGUAUUGGCCUUAAAACAGUCAUUGGAGAACUUCCUCCAGCUUCCAGUGGCUCUGCAUUAGCUGCUAAUGUAUGUAAAAAGAUCACUGGACGUCUUACCAGUGCCAUAGCAAAGCAGGAAGAUGUCUCUGUUCAGCUAGAAGCCUUGGAUAUUAUGGCUGAUAUGUUGAGCAGGCAAGGAGGACUUCUUGUUAAUUUCCAUCCUUCGAUUCUGACCUGUCUGCUCCCCCAGUUGACCAGCCCUAGACUUGCAGUGAGGAAAAGAACCAUUAUUGCUCUUGGCCAUCUGGUUAUGAGCUGUGGAAAUAUAGUUUUUGUAGAUCUUAUUGAACAUCUGUUGUCCGAGUUGUCCAAAAAUGAUUCCAUGUCAACAACAAGAACCUACAUACAAUGUAUUGCUGCUAUUAGUAGGCAAGCUGGUCACAGAAUAGGUGAAUACCUUGAGAAGAUAAUUCCUUUGGUGGUAAAAUUUUGUAAUGUAGAUGAUGAUGAAUUAAGAGAGUACUGCAUUCAAGCCUUUGAAUCAUUUGUGAGAAGAUGUCCUAAGGAAGUAUAUCCUCAUGUUUCUACCAUUAUAAAUAUUUGUCUUAAAUAUCUUACCUAUGAUCCAAAUUAUAAUUAUGAUGAUGAAGAUGAAGAUGAAAAUGCCAUGGAUGCGGAUGGUGGUGAUGAUGAUGACCAAGGGAGUGAUGAUGAAUACAGUGACGAUGAUGACAUGAGUUGGAAAGUGAGACGUGCAGCUGCUAAGUGCUUGGAUGCUGUAGUUAGCACAAGGCAUGAAAUGCUUCCAGAAUUCUACAAGACCGUCUCUCCUGCACUGAUAUCCAGAUUUAAAGAGCGUGAAGAGAAUGUAAAGGCAGAUGUUUUUCAUGCAUACCUUUCUCUUUUGAAGCAAACUCGUCCUGUGCAAAGUUGGCUGUGUGACCCUGAUGCAAUGGAACAGGGAGAAACACCUUUAACAAUGCUUCAGAGUCAGGUUCCCAACAUUGUUAAAGCUCUGCACAAACAGAUGAAGGAAAAAAGUGUGAAGACCCGGCAGUGUUGUUUUAACAUGUUAACUGAACUCGUGAAUGUGUUACCUGGGGCCCUGACGCAACACGUUCCUGUGCUUGUACCAGGAAUCAUUUUCUCACUGAAUGAUAAAUCAAGCUCAUCAAAUUUGAAGAUUGAUGCUCUGUCGUGUCUGUACGUAAUCCUCUGUAACCACUCUCCUCAAGUCUUCCAUCCUCAUGUCCAGGCUUUGGUCCCUCCAGUGGUGGCUUGUGUUGGAGACCCAUUUUACAAGAUUACAUCUGAAGCACUUCUUGUUACUCAACAGCUUGUGAAAGUCAUUCGUCCUUUAGAUCAGCCAUCCUCAUUUGAUGCAACUCCUUACAUCAAAGAUCUAUUUACCUGUACCAUUAAGAGGUUAAAAGCAGCUGACAUUGAUCAGGAAGUCAAGGAAAGGGCUAUUUCCUGUAUGGGACAAAUCAUUUGCAACCUUGGAGACAAUUUGGGUUCUGACUUGCCUAAUACACUUCAGAUUUUCUUGGAGAGGCUAAAGAAUGAAAUUACCCGGUUAACUACAGUGAAGGCAUUGACACUCAUUGCUGGGUCACCUUUGAAGAUAGAUUUGAGGCCUGUCCUGGGAGAAGGGGUUCCUAUCCUUGCUUCAUUUCUCAGGAAAAACCAGAGAGCUUUGAAAUUGGGCACCCUUUCAGCCCUAGAUAUUCUAAUUAAAAACUAUAGUGAUAGCUUGACAGCUGCCAUGAUUGAUGCAGUUCUAGAUGAGCUCCCACCUCUUAUCAGCGAAAGUGAUAUGCAUGUUUCACAGAUGGCUAUCAGUUUUCUUACCACACUGGCAAAAGUGUAUCCCUCCUCCCUUUCAAAGAUAAGUGGAUCCAUUCUCAAUGAACUUAUUGGACUUGUGAGAUCGCCCUUAUUGCAGGGAGGAGCUCUUAGCGCCAUGCUAGACUUUUUCCAAGCUCUGGUUGUCACUGGAACAAAUAAUCUAGGAUACAUGGAUUUGUUGCGCAUGCUGACUGGUCCAGUUUAUUCCCAGAGCACAGCUCUUACUCACAAGCAGUCUUAUUAUUCCAUUGCCAAAUGUGUAGCUGCCCUUACUCGAGCAUGCCCUAAAGAAGGACCAGCUGUAGUAGGUCAGUUUAUUCAAGACGUCAAGAACUCAAGGUCUACAGAUUCCAUUCGUCUCUUAGCUCUACUUUCCCUUGGAGAAGUUGGGCAUCAUAUUGACUUAAGUGGGCAGCUGGAACUGAAAUCUGUAAUAUUGGAAGCCUUCUCAUCUCCUAGUGAAGAAGUCAAAUCAGCCGCAUCCUAUGCAUUAGGCAGCAUUAGUGUGGGCAACCUUCCUGAAUACCUGCCAUUUGUCUUACAAGAAAUAACCAGUCAGCCCAAAAGGCAGUAUCUUCUGCUUCAUUCCUUGAAGGAAAUUAUUAGCUCUGCAUCAGUGGUGGGCCUUAAACCAUAUGUUGAAAACAUCUGGGCCUUGUUGCUAAAGCAUUGUGAGUGUGCAGAAGAAGGAACCAGAAAUGUUGUUGCUGAAUGUCUAGGCAAACUCACUCUAAUUGAUCCAGAAACUCUCCUUCCACGGCUUAAGGGGUACUUGAUAUCAGGCUCGUCAUAUGCCCGAAGCUCAGUGGUUACAGCUGUGAAGUUUACUAUUUCUGAUCAUCCACAACCUAUUGAUCCACUAUUAAAGAACUGCAUAGGUGAUUUCCUAAAAACAUUGGAAGACCCAGAUUUGAAUGUAAGAAGAGUAGCCUUGGUCACAUUCAAUUCAGCAGCACAUAAUAAGCCAUCAUUAAUAAGGGAUCUCCUAGAUACGGUUCUUCCACAUCUUUACAAUGAAACAAAAGUUAGAAAGGAGCUCAUAAGAGAGGUAGAAAUGGGUCCAUUUAAGCAUACAGUCGACGACGGCCUAGACAUUAGAAAGGCAGCGUUUGAAUGCAUGUACACGCUUCUAGACAGUUGUCUUGAUAGACUAGAUAUCUUCGAAUUUCUAAAUCAUGUUGAAGAUGGUUUAAAGGACCAUUAUGAUAUUAAGAUGCUAACGUUUUUAAUGCUGGUGAGACUCUCCACCCUUUGUCCAAGUGCAGUAUUGCAGAGGUUGGACCGACUUGUUGAGCCAUUACGCGCCACAUGUACAACUAAGGUAAAGGCAAACUCAGUAAAGCAGGAGUUUGAAAAACAAGAUGAACUGAAGCGAUCGGCCAUGAGAGCAGUAGCAGCGCUGCUGACCAUUCCCGAAGCAGAGAAGAGCCCGCUGAUGAGCGAGUUCCAGUCUCAGAUCAGCUCUAACCCGGAGCUGGCCGCCAUCUUUGAAAGUAUCCAGAAAGAUUCAUCAUCCACUAACUUGGAAUCAAUGGACACUAGUUAGAUGUUUGGUUCCACACAGGGACCAUUCCAUUGACCAUACGAUGCACUGAAUUGACAGGUUAAUCAUAAGACAUGGAGAGAGAGGUGUCUAAAAGCUUCAAAAUGUUCCACUUUUUUUUCCUUCAUGGAGACAGUUGGCUUUCUUCCAUUGUUGUUUUUGUAGCAUUUAUUUCAGAAAUAUGUAUUUCCAUAAUCCAGAGGUUGUAAAACCACUGAUGUUUUAGUGGUUAGGGCAACACUUAAAAUGGAAACUAAAAGUUAGGAUUUAUGGAGAUAGGGUCCAGUAUCUAUUUGCCCUGUAAUGUUUAGGAUUAAAAUGUUAAAAUUUUGUGACCAUGAA